AUGGCUCCCGUACCAAUAUAUGUGAAGGGUGGUGUAUGGACGAAUGUGGAGGACCAGAUUUUGAAAGCAGCUGUGCAAAAAUAUGGGACUCAUCRGUGGAGUAAAGUGGCAUCCCUUUUACAGAAAAAGACUGCCAGACAAAGUGAAUUAAGAUGGAACGAGUUUUUAAACCCGAAUUUAAACUUUGCUGAGUUUUCCAAGCAGGAGGAUGCCAAACUUUUGGACCUUGCGAGGGAAUUACCUAACCAGUGGAGGACCAUUGCUGAUAUGAUGGGCAGGCCUGCGCAAGUAUGCAUCGAAAGGUAUAAUCGACUCCUGGAAGGUGCAGACAGUGAUUUGUUGGGAUCCACGGACUUGAAAGUCGGGGACAUUAAUCCCAAUGCGGAGACGCAAAUGGCCCGUCCAGAUAUUGGUGACUUAGAGGAUGAGGAGAAGGAGAUGCUUGCUGAAGCAAGGGCUCGUCUGUUGAAUACACAAGGUAAGAAGGCUACGAGGAAAAUCCGUGAGCGCAUGCUCGAAGAAUCGAAACGGAUUGCUGAGCUGCAGAAAAGAAGAGAAUUGAAGCAGGCUGGCAUAAAUGUUGCCAUAAAGAAACCAAAGAGGAAAUAUGGCACGGACAUCGAUUACAACGAGGACAUAGUGUAUGAGCAGUCCCCCAUACCGGGGAUGUACGACACCUCCAACGAAGACCGUCAGAUAGAGAAGAAAUUUGAGCAGUUUGAAAGGAAGGUCAACCGGAGGGGUUUGAAUGACGAUGAAGGCAAAUCUAAGAAGAAGUCCAAGGACAAGAAAAGAAAACGCGACGAGAGCGAAUACCUCGAGAAGGCGGCACUUAACGAGUCCAAUAUCUUGACUGACGAGUACAAGAAACCCAAGCUUGUACUGUCUGCGCCGGGGACAAAACAAGGGAAGCUGACGUACAAGAACGAACUGGAAAGCAAAAGACAGAAACUCAUCCACUCACAGGCAACAGGUACUGUGCUGGUACCGAAGGCACAAUCCCACCGCGAGCCUAUUCAAGAAGACGAUGGGAGGAGCAACAUAAAAAGAGAAAAGCAGGCGAGAUCCCGUAUAAGAAAGUUCCUGGUGCAAAUGUUUGCGUCCUUACCCACACCAAAGAACGAUUUCGAGAUCGUGUUGAGCGAGGACGAGGAAGAUGAGGAUAAAGAGUUAGCUGACUACCAAAAGGAAAUGGAAAGCGAGGGAGAUAUGAAUGAACCCAACACGGCCCUAGAACAAAUGCCUGAGGAGCACAUACAGCCCGUGUCACUGGUCGCGGUAGCAUUGUCCGGCACGGCGCUGCCCAUACCAGAAUUUAAGAGCACGCCGCACUCAGCGAUCGACGAGAAGUAUAAUUUGCUGGUGGCGAACGCCAUAAAUAAGGAGCCACACAUGGAACCACAAUCUACAGCCGAUUUCCUGAACCAGGUGGAAUCACGCAUGCAGCAGGUACCUCUGGUACGGUCGCUCCCUCAAACACGUCGGACGCUGACGAUGCCUCCAGGUGAGACCGUCCUGGCAUCGAUCCAGUCCAAAGUGGAGUCCAUCGAACAACUACAGCGCAGGUUAGAUCAUGUACAGCCCCUAGCGCUCCAGAACAACGAGUUGUGCGAGCGCCUCUGCCACCACGACCUGCCAGCCUUGGCUGAGGCGCAACGCCAGUACUACACCGACUACUACGUCUACCAGCAGGAAUUGCGUACCCUCGAGGCCCAUAGAAAACGUCUCCAGGACACGUCGGACCGUGUUUCCGUAUAG